AUGGCUACUCCUUUUGAGGUAAACAUGAAAGAAAUAGAUUUAUUGAAAAGGAUUGAGAGGUUGAAAAAAGAGCUUGUUGGGAAAGAAGAAAUGAUUAGAGAAAGAGAGAAUGUUAUUAGAGAAAGAGAGAAUGUUAUUAGAGAAAGAGAGGAUGAAUUGAAAGAAAAAGACCGUAUGUUAGAUGAAAAAGAGGAAGAGUUAUCAUUUUGGCAAAAAAGUGUGAAAACAACCAGAGAAAAAGGAGAUAAAAUAGCUGAUGAGUUUAAGUUUAUGUUUGAAAGGAGAGAGGAAGAUUUGAAAGAAAAAUUGGCAAUCAGAGAGAGAGAAUUUGAUGAACAGCUACAGACCUUAGAAGAUCAGAAAGAGAAAAUGAGAUUAUUAGAAGAAAAAGAGAGAUCAGAAAGAGAAGAGUUGGCCCCACAUAGUGUCUAUCACAACACAAUCAGUGAAAAAGUUGAGGAUAGAAAAGGUUCAAAAAUACAAAACAGUCCCACACCACCCAAAUUGUCAACCUACGAUGGAAAAACAGAGUGGAAGCCUUACUACAUUCAGUUUAAUCAUAUAGCUAAAAAAUACAUGUGGAAUGAGAGAGAAAAACUAGACAAGAUGAUUGAAUGUUUGAGAGAAAAAGCAUUAAAAUUCUUUAGUUCUAGACCAGAAAAUGUACAAAAGGACUUUAAGUUGUUAUGUCAGAAAUUUAAAGAAAGAUUUGAGAGGAAGGACCAGUCUCACAUAAUUCGUCGCCAACUGCAAGAGAUCCAACAGAAGGCAGACGAAACACUGGAAGAAUUUGCAGAAAGGAUAGAAGAUUUAUCCACUGAGGCUUAUCCAGACAGUCCAGAAUUCUUCAGAAGCACCAUCACCAUUGACGCCUUUCUAAGGGGCUGUUUGGAAAAGAGAGCUGCAUUAGUCACUUUAGAUAAAGAUCCAAAAACUUUAGACAAGCGGUUCAACAUAUGA